AUGCCUUCCAUUGCUGAAGUGAAAGGAGUUUACGGACGUGGAAAGUUAAAGGAUAUUAGUGACGUGUUUAAUAACUUGGGAGGUCAUUCUCCUCUGAUGUCACCUGAAUUAAUAUUUCCUGCCUAUCCUGGUCCGGCGAAGGAUGUAGCUGCACAAGAUCUCGCAAACAAGAUCUCCCAUUCUAAGCGGAAUCAUUAUCCACCUGCUUUCGCCAAAACACCUCAGUACGAUCACGAAAACAUGAAAGGUGGUGGUCGGCGAUCUUCAUUCGAUGAACGACCGCUAACACCGGACUUUAGUGGAUACGGUCCAAUUGCGAUGACAGUUGAGGAAAGAUUGAUCUGA